AGUUCAGAAACCAUGUGCCUGGCAACCAGACGGUGUUCCUUGACAACCAACAGCAAUCUUCCAUCCCUCUUCCUGUAGUGGAGAAAAACAGAAACACGGGUGUUUAAACUUCCCCAAAACACAUCCUCCAUAAAUUUUAAGAAGAAACUAUUGAGUUUAAAACAUAUUUAUUGUAUCCGAAAAAUGGGCCACUGUGUACGGACAGGACCUAGACGAUAUGCCUUCUCGCCAGUGUUGAACAACGGUGGUGUUAAUCAAUCUGGUAGAACAAGCGCAAAUGGUUCAGAACAACGGUGUGUGAAAGAACGUAAGCCUGCAUCAGCAUGGGCAGAUUGUGUUAGCUGUCCGUCUGCUGCCCUAUUGCCUUCAGAAGGACUGGAGAAAGUCCAUCUUCGUCAGGAGAAUGGUGUCACUGCCAGAAGAGCAAAAACUGCCAUGGCUGUGUUAGGAAGAGAGUACCAAUGGGAUCCCUAUGAAACUACAACAAACCGUGAAUUUCAAUACAUCCAAGGAUCUGCGGCUGAAAGCAAUCGUCCCCAAACUUCUAUUGGGUAUAGUGGGCCUACAGGAAGUAAUACAUAUCAAGAAGAGUUUUACUGGAAGAAGUAUUCUAAGCCUGAGUGUAUAAGAACUGGGACUUCCUCAGGUGCAAGAAGAAAUAACCCCCAUCCAGAUCAAUCAUUCAUGAUAUGGAGACUCCCACGGGAGGAGAAGCAAGCAAGUCCAUUCAGCAAAUCUCCUUGGAGCUUGCCACUGUAUGAAAAAGAUGUAAAGGCAGCAAUAGCAGCGCAGUAUCGCACGACCUACAGGGAAGACUUUGUUGGAAUUCCACAAGGUUUCCAGGUUAAACAUGCAGUUUCUGCACCACCAAAUUGGAAAGAGAAAAUUCCUCAUCCACCGGCAACUGAAUUUCGCUCUCACUACUGUGUUCCAAAGCAAGAUCCAGAUGUUGCAAUAUCAGUGGCUAGAUUUGGCAGUAAUGCACACAGAGAUUUUCCAGCCAAAGGAAUCGUUCCUUCUGUGACAUUUGCUCAUAUUAAAAAUCAGGAGAAGAGAAAACAGCUGACUACCUACGAGACUUACUUUUCAAAAGGUCACUUAGAUAUGGUGAAAAUUCUAAACUCUAGUAAGGAAGAAGAUAUUCAAGAUUAUAUACAGAGUGCUCCAGAGCAAGAUCGAGUAGUACUACAAAACUUCUUCAACACUGUUCUCGUAAACUGUAAAACAAAAGCUCCUGAUAAAUCAGAAGCAAGACCAUCAGCAAAGAAACUUACUCUUCAUGAAAGGACAACGGCACAUUGUGGCACACUAAAGUAGUAAUGGGCAAAACAGGAUGAAUGCCUAAAAAAGAAGUCUGAAGUAUGAUGGGAGAAUUGCUGAGAUAUUUGUUUCUUGCACAGUUUAAUCAUUUAAAAGACAGGCAAUUUCAGAAGUUUGUUUGAAAUGCAAUAAUCUGUUUAUAGUGUUACCUCAGUUACAGUCAUACUGCCUUUGAUUACUGUUUUUUUUCAUUUUUGCUAUUUUAAUUUAAUAAAAUGUAAUGAUUGAGACUG